AUGUCGUCUGCGAUAGUUGUUGUUUGUUUUGUAUUUAUAACUAUUGUACUGUUGUGUGAUUGUGCAAAAAUAUUAGCUGUUUUUCCAACGCCAUCUAUAAGUCAUCAGAUAGUUUUUCGCCCGCUUGUGCUUGAACUAGUUAAACGCGGUCAUGAAGUUGUAGUUAUAACUACUGAUCCAGCGUUCCCAAAAGGCCAAACGCCUCAGAAUCUAACAGAAAUUGAUGUACAUGACGUAUCUUACAAUCUUUGGAAUUCAUUCAUAACUACUGAGAAAGGCAAAGCCAACGAUGCAUACUCACAAAUAAACUUUAUUUUUAAAUUAUUAUCAGCGGUUUUUGAAGAGCAACUGAAAUCUGAACAUGUUAAAACAUUAAUCAAUGAUAAAAAGAAUAGAUUUGACCUUGUGUUUUUUGAAUCAUGCGUCAGGCCAGCUUUGGCAUUUUCACAUUUAUAUAAAGUACCAGUAAUAGAAAUCAGUUCUCUCGGAGCGAUAUUCGGUAUUUUUAAUACGAUGGGUGUUCCAACGCAACCACUUUUAUUUCCCACAGUAACUCGCCAAAGAAUUCAUAACUUAUCAUUUCGAGAGAAAAUAUCGGAGCUGUACCAUCAAUUUUCAUCUGAAAGAACUUAUGAACUGUUAGAAGACGAGGAAAAUGAAAUGUUAAAAAGACAUUUUGGUCCUAAUAUUCCUUUGCUGAGUGAAUUAAGAAAUAAUGUUGAUAUGAUAUUUUUAAAUACACAUCCAAUAUGGGACUCCAAUCGACCUGUUUCACAAAAUAUUUUGUAUUUAGGAGGAAUGCAUCAGAAACCUAAAAAGGAAUUACCGAAGGAUCUCAAAACAUACCUUGACUCAUCUAAAAAUGGAGUGAUUUACAUGAGUUUUGGUACUAACGUAAGACCGUCACUUCUUCCACCAGAAAAAAUUAAAGUAUUUACAACUGUAUUUUCUCAACUGCCCUACGAUAUUUUGUGGAAAUGGGACAAGGAUGAAAUUCCAGGACGACCCCAAAAUGUUAGAAUUUCCAAAUGGCUUCCACAGUCUGAUUUACUAAGACAUCCCAAAAUCAAGUUAUUUAUAACCCAAGGGGGUCUGCAAUCAACAGAUGAAGCCUUAACAGCGGGAGUGCCUCUCAUCGGUGUACCGAUGUUGGGAGAUCAAUGGUUUAAUGUAGAGAAAUAUGUUAUUCACAACAUUGGAAUGAAACUUGGAAUUGAAACGCUUACAGAUGAAAUAUUGAAAAACGCUAUAGAAAAUGUUAUUGGAAAUACGAGCUACAGGGAAAACGUCGUAAAACUGCGGAACAUUAUGCACGAUCAGCAACAACCAUCGUUGGACAGAGCUGUGUGGUGGACGGAGUAUCUGCUGCGACACGGAAGCGGCAAGCACUUGCGCUCCGCCGCAGCUAAUGUGCCCUGGACGGAAUAUUACGCGUUGGACCUAAUUCUACCAAUUACACUCAUUGCUAUAGCUGCUUUUAUAGCGGCGAUUACUGCUAUACAUUAUACUGUAUUGAAAUUGAAAUCCCUGCGAGUAAAAGUUAAAGUAAAUUAAUAAGGGUGAUUUCAGACUGUUCCG